AUGUCUACAUUCAACGGAAUCGUAUCUGAAUUCCCAGACAUCAGAAUUGACUUCUUUCGGCGCAAUGCCGGUGCACAACCACCACUUGCUUGUUUCCUGAGUCAUGUUCACAGCGACCACUUGGCUGGGAUCGAGAGCCUGCGAUCUCCAUUUGUCUACUGCUCAGCAGCUACCAAAGAGAUCCUUCUUCGUCUUGAACGAUAUCCUUGUCGCAUCAACUAUGCUAAGGGGGUGCUAGAAUCAAGACAGCAAACCUUCAAGCAUCUCCGCAAAGUCUUGAAACCCUUGCCUAUGGAAACGCCUACGUCGAUCGAGCUUUGCCCGGGCCGCGAGAUCCAGGUAACUCUUUUUGACGCCAACCAUUGCCCAGGGGCUGUGAUGUUCUUGGUCGAGGGAGAUAAAAAAGCAGUUUUAUACACCGGAGAUGUUCGAAGCGAACCAUGGUUCGUGAGUGCUCUUUCCCGGAAUCCGAAUCUCAUCGAGUACACGUCUGGGAUUAAGACUCUCGAUAAGAUCUAUCUUGACACAUCCUUCACUGAGAAUGUGCCCUUUCAGACAAAAGCCCAAGGCAUCGCUGAAUUAUUGCGAAAGGUUUCCCAAUACCCUAGUGAUACCAUCUUCCACUUACAAGCCUGGACUUACGGAUAUGAAGACGUCUGGCUCGCCUUGUCUAAGGCUUUAAAAUCUAAAGUUCAUGUCGACGAUUACAAACUCCGGAUCUAUGGUUCGCUCAAAUCAAAAACCUCUGACUCGAGAUUUGACACAGAUAUUCAUCUAACUCCAGAGUCACCGGCUCUGACUGGCCACAUGUGUGGCAACACGCCACAUCCAGGGUGCUUAACGUCAGAUGAAAAUGUUCGCUUACACAGUUGUGAAAAGGGAAGCUUAUGCGAAGUGGCUCAAAGACCUACCACUAUAUCUAUUCAACCUAUCGUUGCGCACCUGCCUACAGGAGAGGACUUGACCGAAGUUGGUGUUGGCGGUGGUGGAGUUGAUCUUCAACGAGAAGCCGAGUUGGAGUUUCUGGACCAAGCUAGCUUGGCCACGCUGUUCAAUACGUUCCUCUCCUCAUCUAUCUCUUCAACCGACAUGUCAGAUAUACUCGAAGGGACCUUGGAGAAGAUAGCCUCCACCGGUCGCAACAUUCCACUGGACUGGGACAUCAACACCUUGAACGCUCACUCUGCUGAAGAGGUUAUCAUGAUGCUGGUAGACAAAGUGAGAAAGAAUCCCAAAAACCAGAAGCAGCGUGACGAGUGCAGCCUCCCAAGAACGAUUUACUUUCCAUAUUCGAGGCAUUCUUCGUUACCAGAACUCCGCCACUUCGUCGAAGCUUUCCGGCCACUAGACGUGUGGCCAUGCACUGUCAAUAACGCUGAGUGGCUAAAGAAUGGGAUCACCAUUGGGGGCAUGUUUGGGCCCUCAUGUUCCGGUGAAUUGUUUGAACAUGAUUUGGUGAUGCAGGAUUUUGCUGCCACACACAUAUCAGAUAACGGACAUCAGCAACACUGCAGCCAGACAACGAUCGGAUCCGACUCCGUCCCAAGCUCACCAGUCCGAAGUAUUCGUCACGGGCGCAUCGUCUCGGAAGUGGAAUGCCCAGAGGAGAACCUGGAAGCUCCAUCCGAAAACUCUACUCAGCAGUCGCUCGUAAUUCAUACCAUCGAGCAAUCAGAGGACGUGCAGCAAGAGAACCACAUUUGUCCGGAAUCACUGACAACUAACUCAUCCGAUUCGCCAGCACCUGUUUCUUGCCAUCGCAAACGUACUAUUUCUGAUACUUCAGUAAGUGGAAAUGGCAGUAACAGGAGACAAAUGCGCCAAAUCACUGAAGAACCGUUGCCCCUGAAAUUACUAGACGAGGCCUCGAUUGGUCGCCAAGAUGCAUAUUGGCAUAUGGUUGAUUACAUGGACGAGGGUACUUGGGGUUCGUUACAGCUUAUAUCUACGAACAACGAGUAUACAGUCAAUGAACCGGAACUGUGA